UGAAUAACUCACAUCUUCAUUUUCUCAGCCAGUUGUGUCAGCAAUUCAAGAAGAGACAGCACAUUCUAGUUUCAACUCAUUUGUUUCGUCUGACGUGUGUAGCUUGCCUUAACAACAUGUGGGGUAGCUGUACAGAACAGAUUUCCAGCCCUUUUAGCUGACACCAGGUGAACAACACCGCCAUCAAAACGUCAUCGUAUCAUUUUAUAUUCAAAUCCUGUAACAAAGCAACCAACUGUUCGUCUUCCGUCGAAACCAAAACACACUGCUGAAAGUAAUUAAUCCCCAGCCAUACCAUACGUCUCGUAAUUAUGCACGACGACUCAAGAUUGAUGAUGACAUAACAGAUCACAAAUUCAUUCAACAGGUUUGUGAUUACAGCAGCGCAGUGAACCUGUCAUUUAUAAACGGGGGGCAACGUAAGUUAUUAAAACAGUGUUCGUUUCAUUAGCCAAUUGUGGUGAUCAUUCGCAACCUAAGUAGUAAUAUAUUCCAUUAAUUUAUUAUAGCCUAUAAUCAGACAGUGGUGAAAUGUGAUUUUAUCAAGAAAGUGAAGAAAAGAAGACUUGAAAGCAGGCAUAAAAUGCCACAGAAUCAUCAUCAUUCUAAAAAAACAGUAACCACAACGAAGGUAUUCAUAGAAAACGAAAAUAUAUUUCGAGAACAUAUUUAAAAAACAAAAUCACUUCAGUAUUCAGUUAUAUACCACCGAAAUGGGAACGAUGAAAUAAGUGUUGUGUUUUGUGUUUCUGUCAUAAGAGCAUCUUACAUUUAAACCAAUUUUGCUGUUGCAAAAUGCCUCACAGCAUUUUAGAACAUAAUACUUCGGGCUGAGAGAUUUGUUUGCAACACUUAAGAGGUUUCGUAAAAUAGAGUGCGAACAUUCGUUUUAUCGUACAAUAGAGAAUCAAGUAACAUUUCAAACAUCAAAGAUAAGGUAACCAUCAUGUAGGAACGUAUAUCGAAAAUAUCGAUGAUAACGUAUCCAUCGCAGAAACCCCACUCAAUAAAUUAAAGCAUAUCGACAUUUUGAAACGUAACCGACGUGUUUUACCUUCGCCGUCAUGACUAUGUAUCCGUCGAAGACACCCGACGAAGAGCGGCAAAUGAUGCUUCGCCAACAGCGGGCUCAUAUACGGCAAGUUUUAGGAGUGCGACGUAGUUCGCUCUUGCUUAUGCUGUACCUAGUAUUCUACGUGGUGUACCUCAUCACCGGGGGUGUAGUGUUUGCUGCUCUUGAAGCUCCAGAGGAGAAGUCGGUUAAAUCUGCUCUCGCCAGAACAAGGCGGACAUUCCUCGAAACUUAUCCAUGUGUCUCAGAUGAUGACCUAGAGAAGCUUAUUGAGGAAGUGGUAAAGGCCAGCAACAGAGGAGUCUCAGCUGCGAGGAAUGUGUCUGGAGAACCAAACUGGAGCUUCGGGCAAUCUCUCUUCUUCUCCAGCACUGUUGUCACAACUAUAGGUUAUGGCCAUGUGACACCACUAUCAAAAGGAGGGAAGAUCUUCUGCAUCCUGUAUGCAAUGUUGGGAAUUCCAUUGACAUUGGUACUGCUAACUGCACUAGUUGAAAGGCUCAUGGUCCCCACAACAAUGCUGCUACAGUGUCUCAACUCUCGCCUUGGCCACCUGUACCAACCAUUCAACAUCCGCCUGCUACACCUGUUUCUUGUGGGGUCUCUGUUAGUGUGCCUCUUCUUUUUGACACCAGCAGCCUUUUUUGCAACUCUCGAACCAGAAUGGGAUUUCCUUGACUCGCUGUACUACUGUUUCAUCUCACUUACAACUAUUGGCCUGGGAGACUACAUUCCUGGUGACUCUCCAAAUCAGCCCUACCGACCAAUCUACAAAGUUGCCACCACUGGAUACCUGUUGGUUGGCCUGACCUUCAUGAUGCUCACCCUAACUGUUUUCUAUGAUAUUCCUCAACUCAACUUUGGGUUAUUCUUCUUGAUGCGUUCAGAUGAGACAACAGGAGAUCCAGAGAAAGUUCGACUGCAGACUCCUGGUGCUGUAGGGCCUAAAUAUACUCAACAGCUGGAUGAUGGUGGUGUUGGACGAAGGGCAGUAGUAAGAGUCAAGUCACGGCGAGAUGAUUCACCAAGUCCAGAGGAUACUACCCCUGUCCAUGCUAGACCAUAAAGCCCUCCCCAUCAUCACCUUGUAUUGUUCAUCAAUCACCCUGAUAUGUGCAGAUAAACUAGAAGUAUUAAGAACUCUCACCCCACAUAAUGUGUCACUUCCUCCCAAGCAACUCCCUUUCAUUCAUAAGUUUUAAAUCUCCUGAUGGCCUAUUUAAAUGCCAUCAUCUCAAUAUGUCUAGUCCAUUUUCAUCCUAAAUUAGCAUUAACUGUUCAUGUAAAUUGUCAAUGAUGGAAAAAAGAACAUCCAGUUUAUAGAAUUAUACAGUCUAUAUCAGAAAUGUAGAUUCCCAGUAAAUAGAUAGUUACUGCCACGUGCCUCCUACAUGUUAAAUCCAUUCACUCUUAGGACUAAUACACCAAAUGACCACUAUUUUCUCUAGCUGUUAUUAAUGUUGAUUACAACCCAUUCUACAUUUUACUCUCCAUGUGUUUGUUUCAUUUAUAUGUCACUGUUCAUUUUCAUCCUACUGUAUGUAUUCAUACAUUUAUAGCCAUCUCCUUGCCAUAAUUUUCAUGCACAUUUUUAUGUUUUAAACUAUUAUAAAACUUUAUAUAAGACUCAUACCCGUUAAAACUAGACCAUUCAUUCAGUAAUAUAAAUUAUAUUUCUAACUUAUAAAAUAUCUGAGAGGGAAUGCUACAAAUGUUUUUUCAUAACACUUCCCACACCCAGCAGCCAAACUUGACUUGCUCAAUGAACAUGAAGUGGAGCACAACGAAGCUAAACAUGACGCUGCAAAUGCUUUUGUCUUCUGGGCAUGCUCUACCCUUUGCUGAACUAGGAGUAACUGUUUUACACCUGCCAUAUCUGUGUCAUCAGUACUUCAAGAAGCAGUGUUCAUCUACAGGUAUGAUGAUAUGAUGUCAUUUAAGAUUUGCCAUUGCCUGACAUCAGCUAUCAAUGAAAAUCACGCAACAGUUGCUAUGCUGAUUCACCAGGCUCUGAUGAAAGAAUGGCAUGGAUCUGGACAAGGUGAAACAGUGAAGGAAGAUUUUAAAAUUUUUGUAAUGACAAUCACAAAUCAAGUAGUGACCAGAGCUGUGAAACUAUGGAAUUUUGCUGAUGACACCAAAAUAGAUUACAUACAUUAAGGAAAUAUAUUUUGAAGAUUUUCAAUACAUUUUCCUUCUGAAAAUAUAUUUUAUGCCCAUAAAUAUUUUAUUGUAAAUGGCUGUUAAAUGUAACAACAGUGUUAGUACACUGACUUUCCAGUAUCACUGAAAGUAUCAUGAAAAUGUUUUAAAAGUUGAUGUCACCAUAUACAUGUACAUAUUUAUAGAUGAAUAUUUCUCUUCUGUAAGCACAAAUACUUAAGAUUACAUGGUAUGACACCCCCUCCCUCCAAAUAGAUAAGGUGUAAUAAGAUUUCUAAAACAUGUACAAUUCAGUCAGACAUGCACAAAUUUGUAAGAAAGAGAACUUGUAGCAGUUUCAUCAAGUUGAUUGUACUGCUUGAGUGUAACCAACUUAUGACUUUAUAUACAAUAUGCUACAUUGAGUAAUAAUAUAAAAAAUUAGUGUCUUAUAUCAGAUUAUUUCAUUCAGUCUAUAGAUUUAUACAAAAUUAAUUAACAAGGGGAAGAAGGUGUUUAUUAUGUAAGAAAGAUCAGAAUAAUUUUAUAUUUUUGCCACAAAAGUCAUACUGGUAGCAUUUGAUGCUAUACAGUGUCAGCUACUAACAGAAUUGUUAAAUAAACCAUAAUUAAAUAAAUAUAAUCCAUGUUUUAACAGCAUUAGAUGGAAGUAGCAGUCAACUAAAUUUAUCUGUGAGGAAAGCGUCUGUAACAACUGGAUAUGAGGCCAAGUGUACUAUAAUGUUAUUCUGUAUAUGGUGGUGAAAAGACAAAUCUCCAGUGCCCCUGUACCCAGCCAUCCAGUCUGCAAUCACUUACAUCAAACAGCUGUACCACAAUCAAAACUGUUCCCUCUAUAAAUUUUACAAAUACUGUCUGGAACAUGUUUUUGGCAAGUGAAUAAUCAAAAAGAUAUUUUCAAUGGGUUAAUUAUGUACCCCAUACUGGCAAGUAUGGUUUAAUUUCAAGUUUGGACAGGAUAUUAGUAAAAAUUUCCAAACUAAAUUGCUAAUCAUGUGUAUUCACUUAAAAUCAAGCCAAAUUAUUAGAAAUACACUCUGCAUAACUAUAAAGUUCAUAUUAACAGCUGCUUUGUUCUAAAAGUUAAAAGAUAUGCUGUGCUGUCUUUGUACAUGUAUUUAGCAAAGUGCUCGACCAGUAUCAUGUAUAUCCUCUGCAAAUACAGUAUACUCUAUAUGAAGAAUUACUGAUCUCUCUAGAUUGAACACCAUUGAUCUUCAAAUCCUUAUGCAAUGUUUAUACCAAGCAUCUGUCAAAAUGUCAGCUUGUACCUACAAGUAGUAGUCUUCAUAUAUAUAAAUAAACAUUACACCAUCUGUCUGAUAA